CAUCGCCCAAAUUGGCGGGAAAGACCUCCACAGUUGGCGGGAAGCACAUACCUAACCCUAUUUUAUCAUUUCAUUUCUCACAGAUAUAGAUCGAUAUAGAGAAAGCGAGCGAGAGAGUGAGUGAGAGUCGAGAGAGUUGAGUUGAGAGACAACAAUGGUGGGUCUACCGUACGAUUGCCUGGCAAACCCUCUCGGAGCCGUCCGAUUGACCUUCGACAAGGCCGUUGCCUCCUCAGGCUCGGAUCCAACCACCUUCAACGGCAGAGAUUGGGGCGCCACCGAUAUCUUUCGCGACUUCCUCUUCGAUAAUGGCGGCCUCUCUCAGGUGCCGAUUCUUAAUGCUACGAAUCUCCGAUGGAUUCAACCCAAUACACUGGUUCGAUUCAGGGGAAUGAUACAAGAUAUGUUGGGUAAUGAGUUUUAUGUCGGUGCUUAUAAGGAUGGAGCAACAUGGAGAACCAACAAAUUUACUGAUGUUUCUCAAUUUCCUAUGCAUUCAUCCGCUGAUACUCGCAUUUGGGAACGCCGCCUUUUGUAUUGUGUUCCUGUUCCGGGGCAGAAUUCAUGGACCGAAUCUUCUUCUGAAGUUGUGUUAAAUCCAUAUGUAAAUUGGAUAUCCCCGACGAGGGAGAAGCGCCAGAGGGAGAACAAUGCAUCCACUGAUGAUGUUGAUGAUGUAGACAUGCAGGUGUCAGAUCAUGAGAUUCAGGAUUCUCCAUGUACGAAAAAGAUGCGAGAAGGUGGGCCGGCUUCCCUGUCUUCUCACCUGGAGGAGUCAACAACUGAGGGAACUUGUCCUAGUACAAGUAUGGUGUUUGAUUUUGACAGAAAUUCGUUUCCUUGUCUUGUGAAGGUAUAUGACUCUCUAGAAGAUGACUUGAAGCUGAAUGAUGUUUUUGAGUUUGUGGGUGUCCUCACUUUUGAUCUGGAGCCUAGUGUAGACAAAGAUGAUUCUGAUGAGUUAUCAAGUACUUUAUGUGAAGAUGAAUUGUCUCAUUCGCCUCCUAGCAAGGUGCCACGCCUCCAUUGUCUUGUACAUCGGAAGCUUGAAGUUCAUGAUUUUCUUUCUAGUUCCCCCAUAAUGGAGCCAAAAUCCAAUUUGGUGAAAGAGAUGAGGGAGACUCUUCUGGGACAUCUUACAGCUGUUCUUGGAAAUGAUGGCGUGGCAGCUCAUUUCAUGUUAUUGCAUCUUUUGUCCAGGGUGCAUGCCAGGGUUGACACACUUGCAGUGGGGAAGCUUUCACUAAAUCUUACUAGUUUUAACAAGGAAAAUGUGUCUAUUUUUGGCAAUCGUCUUAACCUUGCUGUCAAAAAUCUUGUACCUUUUACUCAUUUUAUACCUCUUACCGUGGAUUAUCUCAACACUGCUUCACUUGCCCCAAGAAAGGAUUACGAAACAAACAGACUGGUGUCUGGAGUUCUGCAGCUAGCUAAGGGCUCGCACAUGAUGAUUGAUGAGACACAUUUACAAGCAGGGACACUCAACUCUGUCGGGGUUGAGAAUGCAAGAUUGAUAAAGAAUCUAAUGGAGUUGCAAAAAGUGGAGUAUGAUUUUAAGUACUAUAAGAUGGAGAUGGAAGCGGAUGUCCAAUUACUAAUUCUUUCUGAGGGGAAAUCAAACAUCCUGCCGGCUGAUCUGGUUCUUCCUUUCCGUCCAUUGUCAGUGGAGUCCUGUGAAAUUGGGGAUGCAGAAGCUCUGAAAGCUUGGAGAUGGAUACUUGGCGAGUCUAAAAUCAUUACCUCAUUCCAUUGAGCCAGACAUGCAAAA